UAUAGGAGACGUGGGAUACGUGCUUGAUUCCUCCCCUUUCCUUAACCAGUUUCAAAAUAAUGAGUCUGACCCCUAGAAACUUUAAGAGAGAGAGAGCACACGAACAGGAGAAGGGCAGAGAGGGAGAGGGAGAGAGAGAAUCCCAAGUAGGCUCCGAACUGUCAGUGCAGAGCCCAACGCGGGACUAGAACCCAUGAACUGUGAGAUCAUGACCUAAGCCAAAAUCAAGAGUUGGACACUUAACUGACUGAGCCAGCCAGGCACCCCUGAGCCCUAGAAACUGCUAAAGGCAACCAAUGAGGCUUUAUUUUUAUUUAGUAUUAUUAUAAAUGUAUUAAUACAAACACAUUUGAUGUGUUUCAAGGAUGGGGAUAUUUAUAGGUUUUUCAGGGUCUGAUUAAGAUGCGUCCUUCAGUGCAGACAGGCUGAUUAGAUUGGACAACUUGGUCAUGUCAUAGUUGACACGGACAUGGGAAGGGGAGGGUUUGAAGUGAGUCUUGAAGGGUACAGUUGUGUUAUAACUCUGUUGACUGAUCUGUGGGUCACAGGAAGAGCUGUUAUUCUGACAAGAACUAGUUGGGCAGUUGGUCCAUGGCUCCAAUAAAUGGAUUUUUAGGAAAUUCCUAAAACAAACGAUAAAAAUAUUUGAAAUAUUUCUAUACGGCUUGAGAUGCACCCUUGCAGUCUGAGGUUUCUUUCUUUCUUUCAACCUUGGAAUUUAGCUCCAUUAGGUCUUCAAAUAUUUCCUCCUCUCCUUUUUUAUAACAUUCCUUUUCCUGUCCUAGUUCUAUACCUGAUACUCCUUAGGAAAUUUUAAAAUAAGCUGCCUUAUUUCCUUUUUUUAAUGCUUUCCUGCUUCCGCUGGGGAGUUGCUGAAACCGCUCUUCUAAUCACUAAUUCCUCUUCAGCCGUAUUGAUUCUACUAGAUUUAUCCCACAUUAUUAUUAAUAAAUAGCAUCAAUAAACAGUCAUUCCAAUUAUUAUAUUUUUCAUGCUUCAUAUUUCUCUCAUUUAGAUUCAUGGGGUGUUUUGUUUUUCUCCUGAUUCAUAUUCGCUCUUCCCAUCCCUCACGUAGUGUUUGCAGAGAACCACUUGAAGGUGCCUGCCUGAGGGCUUGGGUUCAACUCCUAGUUCUACAGCUUACAUCUGUGUCUCGCUGAGCAUGUCCCAUCGCUGCUUUCCCGUGCCUCGGUUUCCCUCACUGCAGAUCAGGGAUAACAAUGAUUUCUGCUUUGUUGAUGAUUUCAUAAUGCUUGUCGAGCCGCUAGAACAGAAUCCGACACAGAGGCGCUAAUUAGGACUCGCGCAGGAUCCUGGCUGAGCCGGGGCCUGCGCUGGAGCAGCCGCGGAUUCCGCGCUUCGGUCGGCGAGAUGGGCAUCCCGGGAACCACCACAGCGCAGGUGGUGGACGCCGAGGGCCUGGGAACACGGCGGCCCUCCCGCUGACAGGUGACUGACCCGGGCGGGCCCGGAGCCGCUCCGGUGACGCCGAGGGCCAAGCUCGAGGCUCGCGGAGGCGGCCGCGGGGCGGCGCUGCGCCCCUUCCGGCCGCUGGGCCUUCUGGCCGCAGGCUCCUCUGCCGCGGGGCGCUUCGUGGGCUCCCAGUCUUCGGCCCGGCGCCGCAGCACAGGAUGCAGUGUCCCGGAGCCGAGUACCUGGUUUCUGCAGAGAGAACCCCCCGGAAAAGAGAGUGGAGACCUCAGAUUUAUAGGAAGUGCACAGAUACGACAUGGCUAUUCCUCUUCUUUCUCUUUUGGACUGGUUUGCUGUUCAUCAUGGGCUACUCGAUGGUGGCGGGAGCCACGGGAAGACUCCUCUUUGGCUAUGACAGCUUUGGCAACGUGUGUGGCAAGAAGAACUCCCCUGUAGAAGGGGCCCCUCUUUCAGGGCAGGACAUGACCCUGAAAAGACACGUAUUCUUUAUGAAUUCCUGCAACCCGGAAGUCAAGGACGUGAGGCUCAGUUCCACCAUCCUGUGCGUGUCGAGCUGUCCUGAAGAGCAGCUUGAUACCCUGGAAGAGGUCCAACUCUUUGCAGACAAGAAUGGGUCCUUCCUGUGUGUUUACAGUUUGAAUUCCAUCAACUACACCCAGAAUCCAAAUGCAGACUCAUUGUGUCCCAGGCUGCCCGUUCCUCCGAGCAAGUCUUUCCCCUUGUUUAACAGAUGCGUCCCUCAAACACCCGAGUGCUAUUCCUUGUUUGCAUCUGUUUUGAUAAAUGAUGUUGACACCCUCCAUCAAAUUCUAAGUGGAAUAAUGUCAGGAAGAGACACAAUCCUUGGUCUGUGUAUCCUCACAUUAGCCUUGUCUUUGGCCAUGAUGUUCACCUUCUGGUUCAUCACCACCCUUCUGGUUCACAUUUUCAUUGCACUGAUUAUUUCGGGACUGCUGUUUGUCUGUGGUGUCUUAUGGUGGCUGUAUUACGACUAUACCCAUGACCUCAGCAUAGAAUUGGACACAGAAAGGGAAAAUAUGAAGUGUUUGCUGGGGUUUGCUCUUGUAUCUACAGUAAUGACGGCAGUUCUGCUCAGCUUGAUUUUUGUCUUCAGAAAGAGAAUAAAAUUGACAGUCGAACUUUUCCAAGUUAUAAAUAAAGCCAUCAGCAACUCUCCAUUCCUGCUGUUCCAACCACUAUGGACUUUUGCCAUCCUCAUUUUCUUCUGGGUCCUCUGGGUGGCCGUGCUCCUGAGCCUGGGAACUGCAGGAGCUGCACAGGUUAUUGAAGGUGGCCAAGUGGAAUAUAAGCCUAUUUUAGGCAUUCGGUAUAUGUGGUGGUACCAUUUGAUUGGCCUCAUCUGGACUAGCGAAUUCAUCCUUGCGUGCCAGCAAAUGACUGUAGCCGGCGCACUUGUUACUUGCUAUUUCAACAGAAAUAAAAAUGACCCUCCUGAUCGCCCAAUCCUUUGGUCUCUCUCCACUCUUUUCUGCUACCAUCAAGGAACAGCCAUAAAAGGGUCAUUUUUAAUCACUGUGGCAAGGAUUCCAAGAACCAUUCUCAAGUACAUUUACAACACUCUGAAAGAUAAGCAUAAUGCAUGGUCGACACACAUGUUCAGAUGCUGCUUCUGCUGUUUCUGGUGUCUUGACAAAUGCCUAUGCCAUCUCAACCAGGAUGGCAUUUCAGCCUCACUGAGGUCCAGCUCAGGACUCCUCCAGACCCAUUUCCCACCACAAUCUCUCCUGGGCACUUCGGUCUCAUUCACUGCCUCCUGCUGCUGCCUCAGCCCCUGCCUAUCCCAGUUUUCUGCAGGGAACAGUCAACUUCACCAGCUAUGCGCCACUUCUAAUGCGUAUGCUGCAACUGCCAUCAAUGGGACAGAUUUUUGUACAUCAGCAAAAGAUGCGCUCAAACUCUUAUCCAAGAAUUCAAGUCAUUUCACAUCUGUUAACUGCUUUGGAGACUUCAUAAUUUUUCUAGGAAAGGUGUUGGUGAUGUGUCUCACUGUUUUUGGAGGACUGAUGGCAUUUAACUACAACCGUGCCCUCCAGGUGUGGGCAGUCCCUCUGCUGCUGGUUGCUUUUUUUGCCUACUUUGUAGCCCAUAGUUUCUUAUCUGUGUUUGAAACUGUGCUGGAUGCACUCUUCCUGUGUUUUGCUGUUGAUCUGGAAACAAAUGAUGGAUCGUCGGAAAAGCCCUACUUUAUGGACCAAGAGUUUUUGAGUUUUGUAAAAAGGAUCAACAAGUUAAAAGACACGAGGGCACAGGGGGAGGAGAACUCACUAAGGAACGAGGAGGGAACAGAACUCCAGCCCGUUGUGUGAUAGGUGCCCAUUAGAGUGUUGCCCCUGGAAAGUGUCCUUCUUCUAAGAGCCAUUCACAGAAUAAAUGGUUUCUCAUAUGCAAAAUGGAGAAAAUACCACCUACUUUGGAUUUAGGAGAGGAUUCAACAUAACCAAUGUAAAAAGCACAGCGUAAUGUGGGCACCCUGGAGAGUUACAUGUGAGUACCUAUUAUGACCACAUAUACUCUCCAGGCCAUCCAUUUCAGAAGCUCAUCACACAUUCAGCAGAACUUAUGCCGAGCAGUCCUUAAGGCCUGAAGUCUCAAAGAGCCAGCCACAAGUACAGUAACUCAUUUCUCCAUUUAUGCCAAGCAGACAGUCCAGGUUUAACUGGUAAAAAAGGAAACUUGAAUGGCUCCUAUACAAGACAAUGCCACAUGUGGCAGGACAUCUCAACUUUAGGUCACAAGGAGAAAGCUUUUUCAAACCUUAUCCCCCACUCCUGUUGGAUGUGAGCCCUGCCUGCUCUCCAGUGGUUAUGGGAACCUCCCUAUGAGGGGCUGAUCUAUUUUUAACAAGGAAAUACUUCCAUCUUGCAUGGUGUUAGAAUGCUGGCAUUCUCACCAUGCUAGAGCCCCACCUAACUCCUCCUUAGAACACCAGAUCAUUUUACCUACCAAGUUUCAGAGGCAUUAGAAGGAGCAAUUUACUUGGAUCUGGAGCAAGAAAUAAACUGGCUAUAAUAAACGUAUCUCUUUUCUUCUGGUUAGACGGAAAGACCAGCUGUUCUGACUGCCAACACACCAUACUUGUGUUCCUAUAGAAAGGUCCUCUGAUUCUUUUGCUUUCUCAGCAAAACCAACUUUCCUGAAGGAAUGUACUUUAUACCAUACAAAAAAUAUGUCCUUCGAACUCAGUUAAGUGUGGGAUGCCUGGGUGGCUCAGUUGGUUAAGCAUCCAACUUCAGCUUGGGUCAUGAUCUCACUGUUCCUGAGUUCAAGCCCCACAUCAGGCUUCCUGCUGUCAGCACAGAGCCCUAUGUCCCCCCCGCCUUGCUCCCUCUCUAAAAAUUAAACAUUAAAAAGAGAGUAAGUUAAGUGCUAAUUUAAAUGAUCCUUCUCUACUCUUUGCUCCAAGUAUAAAAAGGCACUGCUUACCUGGCUGGCUCCUUUGUUGGUGCCCAUCUGCAGACUAAUUGUGGUCUGGUCAAAAGGUUUGUCAGUUUGCAUUUUGGGAUCAUAAAGAUGCCUCCUGGUCCCAUAGGCCGUCAUACCUGCCUGGCUGGCGCACUUGUUGGUUCCCAUCU